GCACCCGGCGACUUUUGCAACGCUCGCAAUGGACCCCAGGAAGAAGCAAGAGAUCAUGAAUGACCUAGAGACUUUUAGCAAGAGCCGGGACUACUAUGCCAAGCUCGGCAAGACCUGGAAGCGCGGCUACCUUCUCUAUGGUCCACCGGGCUCGGGCAAGUCCACCCUAAUCGCUUGCAUGGCCAACUUGCUCGACUACGAUGUCUACGACCUCGAGCUCACCGGCAUCGACGACAACGCCGAGCUCCGCCGUCUGAUUGUGAACACUACAAGUAAGUCGAUCAUCGUGAUCGAGGACAUCGACUGCUCCAUCCAUCUCUCCGGCACCCGAGAAAUUAAAGGAGUCAACCAUAACAACGAAGAAAAUGUCAAUGAGGAGAUGGGGCAGAAGAAGACGGUAGACAAUGGGCAGAGCAAAUUGACGCUCUCGGGGUUAUUGAACUUCGUCGAUGGGCUGUGGGCUGCAUGCGGGGGCGAGAGGCUCAUUGUUUUCACAACCAACCAUGUGGGGAAACUAGACCCAGCGUUGGUGAGGAGGGGGAGGAUGGAUGUGCAUAUCGAGCUUGGGUACUGUGGUUUUGAAGCAUUCAAGGUAUUAGCCAAAAAUUACUUGGAAGUGGAGGAGCACCCACUGUUCGAGAAGGUGAAGGAAUUGUUGGAGAAGGUGAAGAUCACACCUGCAGACGUUGCGGAGCAGCUGAUGCCAAAGAAGCUCCUUGCAGACGACAAGGCAAGUCGGUGUUUGGAGGGAUUGGUUCAAACACUAGAGAAUGCCAUCAAAGAUGGAGGAAAGAAGGGGGAGAGGGACGCUAUGUAG